CGGCGAAAAAAAAAGGCUAUGAAAACGGCGCGCAGUCCCGGAUUCGAAUUUCGAAAUUCGAAUCCCAGUAAGCGAAUGACGGCGGCGCGUGUGUCCCUUACGGCUGCCGGCAGCAAUGUUCGUCGACGAGACUGUUUCGGUACGGGGUGGGGGCUUCGUGGCGUCUGCUGGCACGCCGAACGUCCAUGAGUACGUCCGAAGCAGCACGGCCGCCGUCACACAAUCGCCAACGUUGUGUGCUCCGCUACGCGCACCUUUGCCGUCGACGUGCACGCCGUACAGCCGGGUUUUCACGACGCGCCAUCGCUGUUGUUCCCACCGAAGUCGAGCCUUCUUCAGUUCGCGAGGACGAGCGAUGGACGUGGACGGGGACGCGGUUCAUGACACACUCAGUAAGGCGGAGAGGGCGGCUGUGGCAGCGGCCGUGAACAUGAUACUCAUCAGGUGUCAAUUGCAGAGGACGGAGGGGAGGAUGAGAGCAGCCAUUCGUGCACGACGGAAGAAGACGCUGCAGUCCAUUCAUGUGGACGAAGAGGGCAGUGGUGCCAUUUGCGACGCUGUCCUUCAGGUGUGCUAUGCCAUGGGGUGUGGAGCCUUUCCCAGAGCGACGCCGAGGUGGUGGAUGAAGCGUCGAACAGGGGGGGUGUGGGAGGAUCUGCGGCAAUGCGACGACGCGACGGAAGACUACUUCAAGGACAAGCUGCGCAUGUCGCCACGGGUGUUCCGGGAGAUAGCGGAAACUCUGUCUCCCUUCCUUCAACGGCGUGUCGCGUUUUAUAGGGAGCCCCUCCAGCCUGACCUCAUCGUAGCGUUCGCUUUGUACAGAUGGGCGUCGGGGGAGACGUACGAGAGCGGGACGUGCAGCUUUGGCAUUGGCAGAAAGUCUGGGUUGGUGGCUGUGCGGGAUGUUACUUCGGCGUUGCUGAGUGCGUACCGCGACAAGAUAUCGUGGCCAACGGGGCUGCAAAAGGCGAUCGUCUUGCGCGCUUUCGCUGACAAGGGUUUCCCCAACUGCCAUGGCUGCAUCAAUUGUACCCACAUCUUCAUCGACAAGCCAGCCAAUUGCCACGGAGAGGACUACUACGACAAAAAACGUCGUUUCUCCGUCCAGGCUCAGGUGGUCGUCGAUCUGAACUUGCAUGUGCUGGAUGUGUUCGUCGGAUACCCGGGGAGCUGCCACGACGUGAGGAUCGCCCACCUGUCCAGUUUGUGGGCGCGUGCGGAGGCAGGGGAGCUUUUCACUGGGCCACCUGUCAUGCUGCCUUUCGGUGUGCGAACGAACGGCUAUCUACUGGGCGACAACGGUUACCCCCCCUCGGAAUGGGUAGUCGUCCCCUACGACGGUGUAUCACAGCACCCGUCGGAGAUUCGGUUUGACAACAAGCAAAAGACGGCGAGGGGAGCAGUCGAGAGGGCUUUCGGCAGAUUGAAGGGGAUGUGGAGCCAAUCCACCUUCUUCGCCUCCAUCGGGGAAGAAAGCGUGGCGUCGUGUGAGAACUUCACACCGAUGGACGCCCAGUCGGGAACAUACAUUGGAGGGUCGAUCAAAGUGAUGGGGGGACUCGCCAACUUGUCGGUGAUUACGGUCGCAGCUUCCACGAUGUGCCGACGCGCGUCGAAGCAACGAUGCAUGGAUGUGACGAGCGUCGGCUUCGCCGUGAGUUGGACGAAGACCCAGGCGUCAUAAUGCGCGCGAUGAACGUCACCCGCCAUCCGCAUGA